AUUUGAUUAAAACAUCGAGGCAAACAUUGUGCGAAACAUGUAAUAAAUCCUCAAGAAAUUUUUCAGUUUAUAAAAUUCAUAUACAUAAAAUUAGAGCAUAUACAUAUGUGCAUAACGUACAUUUUCAUAUUCCCAUAAUCUCGUCUACUUACGCAGUGACUAACUGUGCCCUUACUUAAAUCGUGUAGCCUAUAAACUUGUGUCAUAAAAAUUUUAUGACAAAAUUUUAUGAUAAAAUAGAAUGAUUCCAGUAAUACGACGACUAUUACUUGCGUCCUCGCCAGGUCACAGCAAUACUUGUACGAGCAGUAUGUGUACCGUACACAGCUUUAAAAUGUUCGGAAACAAACAGUGUCCAGACUUGCUGACACCCCGGCCCAAUCAGGACUCGACGAGACGGGGAUAUCACAGCGAGACUCUGUUCAUUGCCCCACCCAUGAAUGAUCAGGGUCAAGAAGGAGAUGUCAAUCGCCACGCUCAUCCCAGACUUACCACAGUGGACCGUAAUGGUCAACAUUUUCGCCAGUGAGAUUGGUCAAGCAAGAGAGUAUACGCCGAGUGGUGCGGCCGAGACGCGUCGCGAACGUCAGCGGCUUAUGGAAUAUUUGCCUCAGUCCGUAGACGAGCUGCCUGCUCGAAGGAUGGCGGAUAGUUUUGUGACAGCAGUAAUUCCGCUCAAAGACCAGUGGGACAUCAGGGAGAGGUACGUCACGCUGGAGGGGAACGUUCGGAUUGGGAGAGUUUUGGAGGACAUGGACAUUUUCAGUGUUUACUGCACAUUUCGACACAUUCAAAAUCCCCGUUCUGCUGGAAAGAAAAAUCCAUACUCUGUAGUCACAGCGUUGGUUGACAGCAUACACGUUGCAAAUGGGAAAAUGAGGAAUGACGAGGACAUCCGCCUCUCUGGUCACGUAACGUACGCUGGUCGUAGUUCCAUUGAAACUAGUCUCGUGGUCGAUCAGAAAGACGAAACCGGCGAGUAUCAGAAAGUGUUCGACGCAGUAUUUCUAAUGGUGGCGAGAGAUCCCAUGAAUACGGGAGGUGCAUUAGUCAAUACACUCAUUGGCGAUACUGAUGAGGAGAAGAGGUUUCUUCGCCUUGGAAUAGAACGACAAGCCGUUCGCAAAGCUCAGGAACUGGACUCACUUUCGAGGAAACCUCCGACAGAGGAAGAACGACACUUGAUUCACACCAUGUUCAUUCAGCAAUUGGAGGGUGGAGGCGAGGGUCAGGCUUUAGCCGGCGGAAGUUUCGGCCUCGGAAAAGGCAUCCCCACUCGAGGAGGAGAAAUUAGGAUGGACGCCACUGGGUUGAAGACAGUUUUCAUUUGUCAUCCACAGUACCGAAAUCGUUACAAUAAAAUCUUUGGUGGAUUUAUUAUGCGGCAAGCGUGUGAAUUGGCUUUCACCAACACAUUCUUAUACUCGAAACACCGUCCUCGCCUUGUGAAUAUUGAUGAUAUUAUUUUUCGACGACCCGUAGAUAUCGGAUCUAUUUUGCGCUAUACUUCUCACGUUGGCUAUGUGGAGAAGAACUACAUUCAUUGCCCGGUGAGGGCAGAGGUAAUAAAUCCAGCCUCAGGUGAAUGCAAGCUCACGAAUGUCUUCCAGUUUACCUUCCGAGUGGACGAUGCUCCUGCAGAUGUACCGCCACUCAUUUUCAACACAUAUCGAGAGGCAAUGGUAUUUUUAGAAAGCAGACGCCACUUCAAAAAGAUGAUGAACCAAUUCUUCCCAGCAUCAACUUAGCCUUAUUUUAAUGCUAGUGACAAGAUCCGAUUAUAUCGGCUUACCAAAGGACAAGGGAAUAUAAGCGCACUAAAGUCAUUUUAUUUUGUGACCACAUUUACAUAUAAUACGCAUUUAUUGAGAUGCCUGUGACUCUUUAAUCUACAAUAUUUAAUUUACGAAGAAUAUAAUUUUGCAAUAAUAAUUUUGUCAAUUGAACACAUUUUUAGAUCCUGAUUAAGCGUUUAAUUGUCGAUAAUUUUAUGCUCAAAUGGCA